GCGCGCAGCUGCUUAUCUACUCCGCUUCUUUUGUUCUCGUCAGUUGCAUUUUAACUCGUUAGUGAUCACACAUAUUAGGUAAUUGCAUUUUUAAAUUUACGUCUUAAUCAAUAUGGCUGACACGUUAAAGGAGUUAGUUAGGAAACGUGGCAGUUUGAAAGCUAAAUUAACUUUGUUUAACACAUACAUUAAUGUGGCUAAAACGUGUGAACAAUUAAAUGGAGAUUGAAGCGUUAACUGAGAAACCCGACGAAGCAUAUGCGGAGCGGGAGCAGUUUGAAAGCCAGUUCUUUGUGUUGGUUUCGACUGCUCGACUUCUUUUGACUCCUACGGUGCAGUCGAGCGGCGGUCGGCCCGGGCCCGGGUCCGCGGCUUCCACGUCGUGCGGCGCCGGCCGGCAGGACUUCGUUCGUCUGCCCAAGAUUGAUCUGCCUCACUUCGAUGGGAACUAUCAGCAUUGGCUCGGCUUUAGAGAUACGUAUAUUUCACUUAUUCAUAAUAAUCCCGCUAUCAAUGACAUAAGCAAAUUUCACUAUCUUCGUGCAUCUUUAAAAAGCAGUGCCGCCCUUGUGAUUCAAAGUCUUGAUUUUAGCAGUGAUAACUAUCAUAAAGCGUGGCAGUUAGUUUCUGAGCGGUAUGAUAACCCGCGCCUUUUAAUUAACAAUCAUAUCCAGGCCCUGUUUAACCUUGAACCGAUGCAACACGAAUCGAGCUCUUUAUUACGUAACAUGGUGGACGUAACUAAUAAAAAUUUGCGUGCGCUUGGCACCUUAGGGGAGCCCACCGACCAUUGGGACACCUUAGUUAUCUAUAUAAUGUCUAAGAAGUUAGAUCUAGUAACUAAGCGUGAGUGGGAAGAGCACAGAAACCUUUUAACAGGCUCGCCGACGUUGCAGCAAUAUAUUACAUUUCUAAAUAACAGGGCUGACUUACUCGAAUCUCUUGGUAAUAAUAACGUCAAUAAUAGCGGUUACAAGACAUCGAAACAUAAAUUGCAUUCACAUAACGAGCCACAAAAAACACAUAAUUAUCUUACAGCUACAAAAAACAAUGCUUAUCGCAAACCUAUUGUUUGCCCUUAUUGUAAACAAGAUCAUUUCUUAUUUAAUUGUGAAUCUUUUCGUAAAUUAGACAUUGAUAAUAGGAUAAAAAAUGUAAACGGUUACUCAGUAUGUAAGAAUUGUCUUAGGCCGGGACACUUAGAAAAGCAAUGUGUGUUAUCUCAUUGCAAAUACUGCAAACUUAAACAUAACACUCUUUUACAUAAACAUGUUGACAAAGAGUCUUCUAGCAGUGACGUUCCGGUGCCAGAUGUUCAUUUUAGCGGCAACAUUCAAACUAAAGUGUUUAGCCCUACUAAGACUUCCGGACUACUGUCCACAGCGUUGGUGCACGUGAGUGACGCGAAUGGAGUGCUUCGUGAGGCGCGUCUACUCCUGGACAACGGGUCUGCCACCAACUUCGUGACGCAGGAUCUGUGCGGGCAGCUUGGGCUAGCGACACGCAGCGUGGGAGCCACGAUCACAGGUAUCAAUGAGCAACUUUCACAUUGUCCGGAGUCUUGUGACAUUACAAUUCAUUCACUUCAUAGUAACUAUACGACGACCGUAAACUGCUACGUUGCCAACGUAAUAAAUACAUCUAUGCCGCCUUGUCGCAUAGAUCUUACCAACAUACCUAUUCCUGCCGACAUCACAUUGGCAGACCCAUCAUUUUAUGAGACUUCCGCUAUCGAUAUUUUAGUCGGGGCGGAAAUAUUUUGGGACGUCUUAGGUACCGCGCGUAUUAAGUUAGGUAAAAAUAAACCUCAAUUACGCGAAUCAUCUUUAGGUUGGCUCGUGUGUGGCUCCAUACCUGCCUACAACAAAAACACAAACGAAUCUUAUUUUUGUUCGUUCAUCACACAUAAUGAUGACACUAAUCUCACUCGUUUUUGGGAAUUAGACUCGGUGUCUUCUACACAUUGCAUGUCUUAUGAAGAGCAAGCGUGCGAAAAAUGUUUUUUAGAAAAUACCAUUCGCGAUCAAGAUGGCCGCUUCGUUGUGACAUUACCUUUAAAAGAGUCACCGGAAGUACUUGGCGACUCAUAUCAAAUGGCCAAGCGCCGUUUCUUGGUAUUGGAGAAACGGCUCGCACGCGACGCUGCCUUCAAAACCUUAUAUUUUGAUUUUAUUCGCGAGUACAUCGACUUAGGUCAUAUGAGCGAAAAUCAAUCAUCAUCAUCAUCAUCUGCUGAGCUCCCAUUAGACAUAAAAAAUGAAUUUCUAUCUUUUGCAUCGUCACUUACAAAUUUAAAUAAACUUAAAAUAGACCGCUGGGUAUUCAGUGACUCACCUAUAGAAGUUCAAGUACAUAUAUUCACAGAUGCGUCAGAGCGUGCAUACGGCACCUCUGUCUAUGUCAGGACUGUGGACGGUAGCGGAGCAGUUUGCGUUCGUCUUAUAGCGUCAAAAAAUAAGGUCUCCCCGCUUAAGCCCUCCACAAUCCCAAGGCUGGAGCUUUGCGGCGCGUUGCUUGGCGCAAGACUCUGGACAAAGGUCAUUUCAUCACUGACCGUGAAGGUUGAUCAUAGUUACUUUUGGUCUGACUCUAUGAUCGUGCUGGGCUGGCUCGCAGGGCCAUCUAAUAGACUUAAACCGUUCGUUCACAACCGUGUGAAUGAAAUUCAAGAGAGUACACGCGAACAAGCAUGGAAUUAUGUACCCUCAAAGCUGAACCCGGCAGAUCUAGUGUCACGAGGAAUGAAGGCUGAUGACCUCAGCAUGUCCACCUUAUGGUGGACCGGUCCAGACUUUUUACAUCACUCCGUCAUUCAAUUUCCUACAACGCCUAAUACAAAAACAGAUAACCUACCAGAAGUGUCACUUCAUAUAAACAUACAAACAAACAUAAACGAAAAUAACAAUCUUAUAACUAAACUUAUCACUAACAAUUCAAAACUUACAAAACUAAUACAUAUCGUAGCAUAUAUUUACAGAUUUAUACAUAAUUGCAAAAAUAAAAAUAAUAAACUUACAUCAAAUUUAACAUACACAGAAAUAAAAUCAAGUAAAACUAAACUUCUACAACUGGCACAGCAAGAAUCAUUUCCUGAAGAGUACAAACUCUUAUCUUUGGGCAAGCCCUUACAGCCGAAAAGUAGGCUACUUUCGUUAACGCCCUUCUUAGACGAUCAGAAAUUAAUACGGGUCGGUGGUCGUCUUAAUAAUGCUUACUAUAGUUACGACGUUAAGCACCCAAUCUUAUUGUGCAGCAGGCAUCACCUUACCAAACUGCUCUUUGAUAUGCAACAUAUGGCAUUAUUGCACGCCCCGCCUCAGCUCUUACUAGCAAGCAUUCGGCAAACAUAUUAUCCGCUCGGCGGAAGAAACCUGGCGCGCCACUUAGUCCAUAAAUGCGUUCGCUGCAUCAGGUUCAAGGCUAGGCCUCUUCAAAUGUCUAUGGGCAACUUACCUACCGAUAGAACACAAUUAGAAUAUCCCUUUUUACAUACGGGAAUGGAUUUUGCCGGACCAGUGCUGAUAGCUGAUCGAAAGGGUAGGGGUAGCAAAACAAUUAAAUCAUAUAUUUUAGUUUUUGUCUGUCUUUCAGUCAAGGCUCUUCACUUGGAACUUGUCACAAGUCUAAUGACAGAGUCGUUCCUUGCUGCUCUCCGCCGCUUCAUGAGUCGUCGGGGAAAGCCUCAAACUCUGUAUUGCGACAAUGGGACUUCGUUUGUCGGGGCAUCAAACGAGCUCAGUAAUUUCUUAAAAAAUAAUCACGAUAAGUUGCAGUCAGGUAAGGCAGAAAAUCUUAUUAACUUUAAAUUUAGCCCGGCUUACUCACCUCACUUCGGCGGACUUUGGGAAGCCGCAGUAAAAUCAACAAAAUAUCACCUCAAACGCAUUCUAUCUCUUACACACUUAACGUAUGAAGAAUUAAAUUGUUGCCUGAUUCAGAUAGAAGCUAUUUUAAAUUCUAGGCCCCUAACCCCCUUAUCUUCUGAUCCAUCUGAUCUGACCUACCUAUCGCCCUCUCAUUUCCUUAUUGGACGUUCUCUUCUGUCAGUCCCGCAAGAACCUCUGACUGAAGAAAACAUCUCGCGGCUUGAACGAUUCCAGAGAGUUGAAAAACUCAAGCAGCAUUUUUGGAGCCGCUUUUCUAAUGAGUAUGUUACUCUCCUCCAGCAGAAGACGAAGUGGCACACCUCAACGGACCAGCUGCAAGUUGGGACUAUGGUCUUAGUCAAGGACCGCGCACUUCCUCCUCUCCUGUGGCUGCUGGGACGCGUCACGAAGCUGUACCCGGGCACGGACAACGUCACCAGAGUCGCCGACAUACGCACGAAGAAAGGAGUCAUCCGUAGGGCGUACAACAACUUGUGCCCCCUCCCUAUUACUUAG